GUGGAAUCUCAUUCUCUGGCCGGCCCAUCCGUCGCUGUCACCCGCCGAGGCCGUCGCCGUUGCGAUACCACCACCCUCGACAAACGACGACAACCCCGAUCCCGACCGACCGAACGUACGAGAACCGGUUGUGCCACCGCGCUCGGGGGCUGAGCUGAGCUCUCAAGUAAAUCCACAAUCGAACCCAACUUUUUGGUCAACCGCCGGCGCAUGAUUCCACGAUAGAGGCCACCCCCGCAACCUCAACCUCGCGAUCGAGGCGAAACCCCCCUCGCCGCCGUCAACCCAGCAUGACGCGCCCGCGCAUCCCCGCCCUCUACGGCAUCCUCCAGUUCUGCCUCCGACUGACCCUCGUCGUCUUUGAGGUGUGCGCCCUCGCCGCCCUCAUCACACUAUCGAGAUAUGGCUUCCACUUCCCGCUCGGAUACGUCACUUCCGUCUCAGGCAUAAUCUUCUCCAUGGCCGAGAUGGUCACCCUCGCAAACUCAACCCACCAGAUCCCCCGCAUGCGUACCGGCGCCAUCGUCGUCGGCGACUUCGUCCUCUUCGUCCUCGGCCUCGUCGCCUUCUUCUACUUCAUCAUCCUCAACGGCUGGCGCACGGGGAGCCCGGACCGCGAGUACCGCGCCUGGCGCGAUGAUCCGCUGCGCGUCGAAAAGGAGACGUGGGCGCCGUGGUACAUGUGGCUGCAGCUCAUCGCCGCGGUGCUGCAUUUCCUGUACAUGGCCAUGCACUGCGUCGACGCGUGCAAGGAGGGCGGGCCGGAGCAGCAGCGGCGGAGAAGGGCGAGGAGGAGGGCCAGGGAGGUGGAGAGGAGGGAGAGGAGGGCGGGCAUUGGGAGUAGUGAUCCUGAGACGGCGCAGGUGGUGCCGAGAUGAGGGUCAGUCUUCAUUAGACGGUCUCUCGGCUACCUGGCUUUUGCAUUGGGAGUUUUUCGUUGGGUUUGGGUAUGGCGUGUUCUUGGCGUUUGGGAGAUGAAGG